CAAGUUGAACGCAGAAAUGGCUGGAUAAAUGUGGGUGAUCUACAGGGUGCUGUACACUUCAAAAUAGUCAAAUAUGAAAGGAUAAAGUUCCUUGUUAUUGCCUUAAAAGACAGUAUUGAAAUUUAUGCGUGGGCUCCAAAACCCUAUCACAAAUUCAUGGCAUUCAAAUCGUUCAGUGACCUGACUUAUCGACCGCUAUUAGUAGAUCUGACAGUGGAAGAAGGAACGAGGCUAAAGGUGAUCUACGGAAGUUGUGAUGGUUUCCAUGCUGUCGAUUUAGAUUCUGCCAGUGUUUAUGAUAUUUACUUACCCAAAAUCCCUCAAAAUGCAAUUAGUCCACACUGUAUAGUUACUUUACCAAAUAGUAAUGGUAUGCAGCUUUUACUGUGUUACGACAAUGAAGGUGUUUAUGUUAAUACAUAUGGAAGGAUAUCAAAGAACAUGUUACUUCAGGUAAGUAAAAUUAAAAUUAAAUUCACA